UUCCCCAAGGUCCUCGACAAGCUCAAGUGCUCUACUUAUGUAGGCUUCGUCUGAAGAACAAGCUGCUGUAGCAGUGGCAGUCGAACCCAAACAUUCACAAUGUCGAUAUCCAGGUCCUCGGGAGAGGUGCUAGGCCUGUCGCGCCAAUUGACCCGAUCCUGCUAUGCCCCGCGCAAGGCAUUAUCUCGAUUCCGCCGCAUUCCCACGCGAGCCAUCGCAUCGUACACGGCCCCCUACCAGGCAAACGCCAUAUCAGUCAUCCAAAGCAAUGUGGACUCGACGUCCGACGAGUUCAAAGACAAUGAGCGGCUCAUGGCGGAGGCCAUGGCACGGUUGGACAAGUUGACGCAGACUGCUCAGCAGGGAGGUUCGGCCAAGGCCAGGGAGAAGCACCUUGCAAGGAAGAAGAUGUUGCCCAGGGACCGGGUUACAGCGUUGAUAGACACGGGGACCACCUUCAUGGAGCUGUCUCCUCUAGCUGGCCAUGAGCUGUACCCAGAAGCCGAAGUUCCUUCGGCCGGUAUUGUUACGGGCGUAGGAGUCGUUGAGGGCGUCACAUGCAUCAUUGUCGCCAACGACAGCACAGUAAAGGGCGGGACGUACUAUCCUAUUACCGUCAAGAAACACCUUAGGGCCCAGACUGUUGCCCAAGAAAACAAGUUGCCCUGCAUAUACCUGGUAGAUUCUGGUGGUGCAAACCUCCCCCACCAGUCUGACGUAUUUCCAGAUCGUGACCACUUUGGUCGUAUAUUCUACAACCAGGCACGUAUGAGCGCCGAGGGCAUUCCGCAGAUCUCGGUGGUCAUGGGUCUUUGUACAGCAGGGGGCGCGUACGUGCCAGCCAUGAGUGACGAGAACAUAAUUGUACAAGAGCAAGGUAACAUCUUCCUGGCUGGCCCACCGCUCGUCAAGGCUGCCACUGGCGAGGUAGUAUCUGCUGAGGAACUCGGUGGUGGCGCCAUGCACACAUCCGUGUCUGGCGUGUCCGACUACCUUGCCGUCGAUGAUGCGCAUGCUAUUGUGCUGGCCCGAAGGUGUAUUAGCAACCUCAACUGGCCCGAGAAGCCGGUGUCGCCUUCAACAGCGUAUUCUGAACCCCUGUACCCGGCAUCGGAGUUGCUCGGUAUCGCCUCCACCAACUUGCGGAAGCCACUUCCGAUCCACGAAGUGAUUGCUCGGAUCGUAGACGGUUCUCACUUCUCCGAGUUCAAACGCGACUACGGUACGACACUAGUCACAGGAUUUGGCAGUAUAUACGGGCACCGCGUAGGCAUCGUUGCCAACAACGGCAUCCUUUUCGGCACCUCGGCCCAAAAGGGCUCCCACUUCAUCGAGCUCUGCUCCCAGCGCGGCAUCCCGCUCGUCUUCUUGCAGAAUAUCAGCGGCUUCAUGGUCGGCAAGGAGGCAGAGCACGACGGCAUCGCCAAGCACGGUGCCAAACUCGUGACGGCCGUGGCGUGCGCCGACGUGCCCAAGUUCACCGUCGUGGUCGGCGGAAGCUACGGGGCGGGUAAUUAUGGCAUGUGUGGGCGUGCCUACAGUCCUAGGUUUCUCUGGAUGUGGCCCAAUGCCCGGAUAGGCGUCAUGGGUGGUGAGCAGCUCGCGAAUGUCAUGGAGGCCGUGGGACAGAAGGCGGAUCCUAAGUUGAAGGAAAGAAUUGAGAGCGAGAGCGAUGCUGUGUACUCUUCUGCGAGGCUUUGGGAUGAUGGUGUUAUAACGCCACAACACACAAGACAGUACUUGGGAUUGGGGCUGCGGGCCGCACUCUCGGGUAAGAAUGAGGUCAAGCCUGGGGAUACCAAGUUUGGGGUCUUCAGGAUGUGAGUCCUGUGCAAUCUUGUUAUGCUUGCUGCGACCUGUACUGUGAGAUAUUACCAAGGUAAAAAUAGAGAAUGCCAUUCGGAGCUAUGGGGACGAGGUCUGCAAAUGC